UCAGGCGCGGGCGGAAGCGGCCGGGCCGGGCGGGCGGUGGAGGGUCGCGGCGGCCGCGCCAUGGUGGAUUACAGCGUGUGGGACCACAUCGAGGUCUCGGACGACGAGGACGAGACUCACCCCAACAUCGACACCGCCAGUCUCUUCCGAUGGCGGCACCAGGCUCGAGUGGAAAGGAUGGAACAAUUCCAGAAGGAAAAGGAAGAAUUGGAUAAAGUUCCUGAAAUUCACAAAAAAAUCUCCAUUAAAAUCCCUAAAAAGUUCCUAAAAUCACAAAAAAAUCCCUGGAACGUGGAUACGCUCAGCAAGGAUGGGUUUAGUAAGAGCGUUUUCAACGUGAAACCCGAGGAGAAGGAGGAGACAGAGGAGCAGAAAGAGAAGAAACACAAAAGUUUUGUGGAGAGAUACGAAAAGCAAAUUAAACAUUUCGGGAUGUUGAGACGUUGGGACGACAGCCAGAAAUUCCUGUCGGACAAUCCUCACCUGGUGUGCGAGGAGACCGCCAAUUACCUGGUGAUCUGGUGCAUCGACCUGGAGGUGGAGGAGAAACACGCGCUGAUGGAGCAGGUGGCUCACCAGACCAUCGUCAUGCAAUUCAUCCUGGAGCUGGCCAAGAGCCUCAAGGUGGAUCCCAGGGCUUGUUUCCGGCAGUUUUUCACCAAAAUUAAGGUAAAAAAC